GAUGAUCCCGGUGGCCGAGUUCAAACAGUUCACGGAACAGCAGCCCGCGUUCAAGGUGCUCAAACCUUGGUGGGACGUGCUGGCCGAGUACCUCACCGUGGCCAUGCUCAUGAUUGGGGUCUUCGGCUGCACCCUCCAGCCCCAACACCGUCCUCUGCGCUGCUCUGGUGUUCCAUACUUUCAUCCUACACAGCUUUCUCCCUGGAAUCUAGAAAGGACUGUAGUUACCAUGUGCAUUUGCUGCUGUAACAAAGGAACUCAGACUGUGGCUUAACACCAGAAAUUUAUCGUCUCCCAGUUCUGCAGUCCAGAAGUCUGAGAUCAAGGUGUUAGUUACUGCGAUUCUGGUAGCCUCAAGCAUUGCUUGGCUUGUAGGUGGCAUUCUUUUCCAUGUAUCUUCACAUAAUCUUCCCUGUGGGUCUGUCAUCUCUGUGUUUAAGCCCCCCAACCUUUUUAAUGGAUGGUGUCUUGCUAUGUUGCCCAGGCUGGUGUUGAACUUCCUGCCUCAGCCUCCAAGUAGCUGGGACUACAGGAUAGAGCCACCAUACCUGGCAGUGUCCCCUUCCUAUAAGGACAGAGCCAUAUUGGGCCUACCCUAAUGGCGUAGUCUUAACGUGACUACCUCUGCGAUGACCCUAUUUCUAAAAAGGCUACAUUCACAAGAAUUGGGAAUUGGGAUGUCCAUAUGUUUGAGGUGGGCUGGGCGCAGUGGCUCACACCUGUAAUUCCAGUACUUGGGAGGCUGAAGUGAGUAGGUUGCCUGAGCUCAUGAGUUUGCAACAGGCCUGAGCAAGAGCGAGACCCUGUCUCUAAAAAAUAGCCGGGGCAGCGUCUGUGGCUCAGUGAGUAGGUUGCUGGCCCCAUAUACCAAGGGUGGCAGGUUCAAACCUGGCCCUGGCCAAACUGCAAUAAAAAAUAGCCGGGCAUUCUGGCGGGCACCUGUAGUCCCAGCUACUCAGGAGGCUGAGGCAAGAGAAUGGCCUAAGCCCAGGAGUUGGAGUUUGCUAUGAGCUGUGAUGCCAUGACAUUGUACCGAGGGCGACACAGUGAAACUCUUAUCUCUAAAAAAAAAAAAAGAAAAAGAAAAAUAGCCUGGUGUUGUGGCAGGCGCAUGUAGUCCUGGCUACUUAGGAGGUUGAGGCAAGAGAAUGGCUUAAGCCCAAGAAUUUGAGGUUGCUAUGAGCUGUGACGCCACAGCACUCUACCAAGGGCAACAAACUAAAACUCUGUCUCAAAAAAAAAAAAUGUUUUGGGCUCAGCACCCAUAGCACAGUGGUUAUGGCACCAGCCACAUGCACCAAGGCUGGUGGGUUUGAACCUGGCCCCAGCCUGCUAAACAAUGACAACAAAACAAAAUAGCCGGGCAUUGUGGCAGGCGCCUGUAGUGUUGGGAGGCUGAGGCAAGAGAAUUGCUUAAGCUCAAGAAUUUGAGGUUGCUGUGAGCUGUGAUGCCAUGGCACUCUACCAAGGGUGACAUAGUGAGACUCUGUCUCAAAAACAAAAAAAAAUGCUUUGGGGAGACACAAUUCAUCACAGUUCCUUUUUUUUUUUUUCAGACAAAGACCAAUGCUCAGAGGUUUAGCAACUCUUCUAAAGUCACGGCUGGCUGGUGACAGUCAGGGAUUAGGGUUUCUCCUCUUCAGCCUGUUUCUACCCACCCUCCCUAACUCUCCAGGCCUCCGUUGGGCCUGUCACUCUCUUUUGCUAUCUCUCCCAUCCCCACAGGUGACACAGGACAAGAUCAUCUGUCUGCCCAGUCAUGAGCCCCAGGAGAACUUAUCAGAGGCCCCCUGCCAGCAACUGUUGCCGCAGGAGGUCUCUGAGCAAAUGGGGGCCCUCCGGGAGGUGCGUGGCCUCAAGAACAACCUGGACCUACAGCAGUACAGCUUCAUUAACCAGCUCUGCUAUGAGACUGCCCUCCACUGGUAUGCCAAGUACUUCCCCUACCUCGUGGUCAUUCACACACUUAUCUUCAUGGUCUGCACCAGCUUCUGGUUCAAGUUCCCUGGCACCAGCUCCAAGAUUGAACACUUCAUCUCCAUCCUAGGCAAGUGUUUCGAUUCACCAUGGACCACACGGGCCCUGUCUGAGGUCUCUGGGGAGAACCAGAAGGGCUCAGCUGCUGGACGGGCCACAACAAUCAUAGUGGCCACGGCAGGGGUGGGGCUGGAGAAAACAGGAGAGGGGGAGAAGGAGAAGGUGCUGGUAGAAUCAGAGAAGGUAGUGACUGAGCCACCAGUUGUCACCCUGCUUGACAAGAAGGAGGGUGAACAGGCCAAAGCCUUGUUUGAGAAAGUCAAGAAGUUUCGUGUGCAUGUAGAAGAAGGGGACAUCCUUUAUACAAUGUAUAUCCGGCAGACAGUGCUCAAAGUGGGCAAGUUUUUGGCCAUCUUGGUCUAUAAUCUGAUCUAUGUGGAAAAGAUCAGCUUCCUGGUAGCCUGCAGGGUGGAGACCUCUGAAGUCACGGGCUAUGCCAGCUUCUGCUGCAACCACACCAAGGCCCACCUUUUCUCCAAGCUGGCUUUCUGUUACAUCUCUUUUGUGUGUGUCUAUGGGCUUACUUGCCUAUACACGCUCUACUGGCUCUUCCACAGGCCCCUCAAAGAGUAUUCUUUCCGUUCUGUGCGGGAGGAGACUGGCAUGGGGGAUAUUCCUGAUGUCAAGAAUGACUUCGCCUUCAUGCUGCACCUCAUCGACCAGUAUGACUCACUCUACUCCAAGCGCUUUGCUGUCUUCCUCUCUGAGGUCAGUGAAAGCCGUCUGAAGCAGCUCAACCUCAACCAUGAGUGGACGCCUGAGAAGCUCCGGCAGAAGCUGCAGCGUAAUGCACAUGGCCGGCUAGAGCUGGCCCUCUGCAUGCUCCCUGGGCUGCCAGACACUGUCUUCGAGCUCAGUGAGGUGGAGGCGCUGCGGCUGGAGGCCAUCUGUGAUAUCACCUUUCCUCCAGGGCUCUCACAGCUGGUACAGCUGCAAGAGCUCAGUUUGCUACACUCGCCUGCCAGGCUGCCCUUCUCCUUGCAGAUCUUCCUUCGGGACCGCCUGAAGGUGAUCCGCAUCAAGUGUGAGGAGCUCCGUGAGGUGCCGCUCUGGGUGUUUGGACUGCGUGGCUUGGAGGAGCUGCACCUGGAGGGGCUCUUCACCCCAGAACUGGCUAGGGCAGCCACCCUUGAGAGCCUACGGGAGCUGAAGCAGCUCAAGGUGUUGUCUCUGCGGAGUAACGCAGGGAAGGUACCAGCCAGUGUGACUGACGUGGCCGGACACCUGCAGAGGCUCAGCCUGCACAAUGAUGGGGCCCGGCUGCUGGCCCUUAACAGUCUGAAGAAGCUGGUGAUGUUGCGGGAGCUGGAGCUGGUGGCCUGCGGGCUGGAGCGUAUUCCCCACGCUGUCUUCAGCCUCGGGGCACUGCAAGAGCUUGACCUCAAGGACAACCACCUGCGGUCCAUUGAAGAGAUCCUCAGCUUCCAGCACUGCCGAAAGCUGGUCACACUGAGGCUGUGGCACAAUCAGAUUGCCUAUGUCCCCGAGCACGUGCGGAAGCUCAGGGGCCUGGAGCAGCUCUACCUAAGUCACAACAAGCUCGAGACCCUGCCUACACAGCUGGGCCUGUGCUCUGGCCUCCGUCUGCUGGAUGUGUCCCACAAUGGGCUGCACUCCUUGCCGCCUGAGGUGGGUCUCCUCCAGAACCUACAGCACCUGGCUCUGUCCUACAAUGCCAUUGAGGGCCUGCCAGAUGAGCUCUUUUUCUGCAGGAAGCUGCGGACGUUGCUUUUGGGCUACAACCACCUUAGGCAGCUCUCGUCCCAAGUGGGAGCCCUCAGGGCCCUCAUCUGCUUGGAGCUCAAGGGCAACCGGUUAGAGGUGCUGCCAGAAGAACUGGGCAACUGUGGGGCGCUGAAGAAGGCAGGGCUUCUGGUGGAAGACGCCCUUUAUGAGGGCCUCCCAACAGAAGUACGAGAGAAGAUGGAGGAGGAAUGAGCCAGGGUGGGUACAGCGGGUUGAGGUCAGACCCCAAGGAUGCCUCUUUGAAGGAAUCUCUACCAUUGUCUAUCAAGGGAAGUGGCCAUGUGGGCGCAGGCCAGGAGAAGAGGGGCAGACUAGUGUCAGCCUUGUGGGGCCCAGGCAAGAUCUAGGACUGGUUUGUCUAGGGAGAGUCAUGAGGUUGUGAAUUCAGUGUAGAAGCCCAUGUGGAGGGAUUAACUCAGUCAUGCAGUUCUCAGACCAAAACCACACCUUGUCUGUCACUGGCUGGCCAUCCCUAGACCAGAACUGGAUAAUCCAGCUCAAUUAAUGCCACAUACAGAGGUGGGGGCACAUCCCAGUGGGAUUUCCAGUCCUUCCCCAACCCAACAAAGCAGCUUACAUCUGGGAUUCUUUCCCCAGGAAGGGACACGGACAUAAGGGACCAACCCUCCAACUCCAAUUUUGAUUCUAAUUCUUUAUUUAUAAGUUGUUUGCUAUGGACUUGUAUACUUGGAACAAUACUACUCAAUUUGGUUAUGUACCAAAAUCAAUGGCUAAGAAAAAAAUUUUUAAAUCCAAUUCAAAUCAAAACAAAAACACAAUAGCGGAGUUAGUACAAAACAAAAUAUCCCAGGCCCACCCUCAAAAGAGCAACUCAAGAGAUUGGGUGGGGGCCCCAAACCUGCUCAAACUUAAGCAUCCUAGAUAAUUCUGAUGCAGGCGGUUUUAUGACGACAGCAUGUUGGGAAAUGCUGGUUUAAAGAAUAGGUAUCUGAAUGUCUAGCUUCUGACCCCUUUAUAGAUCCUACACCCUUUAAGAAAUCAAUGAAAGCUGGGUGCCUCCUUCCUCAGUAAAAUGUACAUACGCACAAAACUGUGUAAACAACUUUGGGUAGUUGACAGAUUUCCCCCAGAGAGCUAUUCAUGUACUUCCUAAGGUUGGCAGAUUCGAGAUGAAGAACACUUGCAGCAGAGGCUAGGUAUUUUGUCUUUUGAAUGUUCCAUCCAUGGAUUAAUAAAUAAUACUAAUUAUAAGAA